GCACCAGCCUCUGGGCCCCGGCCCCUGCGCUCUAGCGACAUGGGCUGUUUUCUGUGUGGCUGCAGCAGUCACUUGUGUCUGCAGGCCUGUGAAACGAGGGGCCGUGACGAUAACCUCCGGUCUACUCCGUUUUUAACAAUUAUUUCAUUUCUUGGUGCACACAGCAUGUGGCGAAGUGAGUGAAUCCAGUCCCGGCCGUUAAGCCAACUCGAAUUGGGUAGAAAAGACGAUUAUCUAGAAUAUGUCUAGAGCACUGGAAAGUACGGGCUCCAGACAGGUUACUAGGGAUGCAGGAAUAAAAAAGACGUGGUCCUUGCUCUGAAGAACCCGCGCCUCGUAGGGAGACUGCCAUGCCACAUCAGUGACGAACCACACGUGGAGCCACGAGAGUCCUGGUAGGGGGCACGGUGCUUGGAGCACAGGGGAACCGCAUGCAGGCCUCGGCCAGCUGGUGUCAAGCUCUGUGGGUUCAGCGGCCCAGUGGGGUCGACACAGCCACGGCAGCUUCCACCUGCCCUGGAGAGCAGCAGCCACGAGGGCACCGGGUCGAUUGCGCAGUUAUAUCGGUUCUUGGUUUUCAUCUCAUUUUCCUGUUAAAACUAGACCCAGCCUCCAACUCCAGCCUGGUUAACUGGGACUGUGACCCUCCGUGCGGUCCCAGCUGUCCUCCCAGCGGAGAUGCCCCCUUCUUUCUGCAUGAUCCCCUCAGCCCAGACGGCCUGCCUUCAUCUGCAGUUCCGACUCCCACCCGAUGCUGAGAACAGCCUCCUCUCAGAAGCCACCUUCGGUAGAACCCUUAGACGCUGGCCUGAAUCCAAGUCAGGCGUAUCUAUGACAUUUCAUUGGGAAGAAAGCAGACUCAGAGUCCUUGUCGAGAUGGGAGGUUUGCGCUGUCGUUCUAUGUAUUGCCUCUGUGAAGCCCGGCCGAACAAAGAGAAUUCAAAGUAUUUAUACCUUAAAACGUAUGUCCCCUAGAGCAGCAUGUUUUGGGGUAAGACGGCCCGCCAGGCUUAGGGACCCUUCGUGAGUAAGGGGAACCAGCAUGGGCAUGAGACGCCUCUGCCAAGGACGCCUUCUGCAAGGAUGGUCCAAGGACUCGGAACGUGCUCUGCUUUCUUUGGCGCUCAGAGGGAAUUACCGGCUCGCGCUGUUGUGGAGGUCCCUUUCACUGGCCGUACAGGGCCUGAAGCUCGUCCAGGCUUAGUGCUGGAAGCCGUCAGUUGGCCCUGAGAGAAGAGGCGGAUCAGAAAAGAAAGAGAUGAAGGUUCUUAGCAAAUGCAGUGUGAGCCCUGCAGAUCGGCUGUUCCAGAGCUUUAAUUACGAGCUCAGAAAAGUGAGGAGUUACGUCUAGGGCGAGGCCUUUCUGCAGAAUGGGGUUACGAAGAAAGGAAUUCUGGGCCAGAGAAUUGUAGCCUGGCCUUGCUCCUUAGCCCUGACUGGCUUCCCGUGGUCCUUCCUCUCCUGGGAACAGAGAAAGAUGGAGGAGCCCACAGGCCAAAAAAAGAAGACCAGCCCAGAGGAAGACGCAGACGUGCGAAAGGACAUCGCUGAGCAAGAGCGGGGGUGCGCGGGCAGGAGGCCCCGCGGGGGCGCCGCUCCGGCUCCAAAGCGCAGACGGGACCCCCACCCGCGUCCUGGAGAUGAGAAGCGUCUCUGCGCCUUCGAUGCUUCGUUUAAAGGUGACCGUGACGGGGUUCCCAGAUUCAUUCCUCUUCAGAGAAAGAAACCUUAUGAGUGUAGCGAAUGUGGACGCCUCUUUAAGCACAAGACAGAUCACAUUCGCCACCAGAGCGUCCACACCGGAGAGAAGCCCUGCCAGUGUGACCGGGGUGGGAAGGCGUUUCGGCACAGCUCUGACGUCAGAAAACACCAGAGAAUUCACACGGGAGAAAAGCCCUUCCACUGCGGCUCGAAUCCCCUGAAACAUCAGAAGCCCCUCACCGGAGAGAAACCAUAGGAACGCGAGGAAUGUGGGACCGUGGCCUACAGCGCGUGUCUCCUCCGCCAUCGGAAACGGCACCGCGGAGGAAGCACUGAGUUGGGGGAGCUGUCCGCUCAGCACCUCCCGCUGCCGCCUCUGCCGGGAGUGGCGUCCACGCUGGCGCUGGCCCUCUCUCCACCUUCGAAGACGCUGGCCUGAGUGAAAGAAAACACAGGACAAGUACUGCACGGUUCCCUUUCGGCGAGGUCCCUGGCGCAGGCACACGCACAGACACCGGAAGAAUAGAGAUGUGAGAGCAGAUCACCCCAAAGCAAGAAGUUCCCAGUGAAAUAUGUGUUCAAAGGAACCUCAAAACGAGAAAGUUCCCACGUUCCUGAGCUCCGAGGGGGAGAAGAGGCCAGGAAGGAAGAAAGGAAACUUCAUCAGUCCGGCCUCCCAGGCUGAGGGACAGAUGGGGACACGGGCGUGGGAAGGGCUGUCCCUGCGGAAACCCACACUCGAGGGCCAUGCCUGCGGACAGGGCGAGCGGGGGGCGGAGCUUCAUUGAGAGCCGGUGGAGCAGGGAAACAGGAAGACGGAACAAGCGCGGGCAGCCUGCGCCUGGCUCGCCCGCCGCCUCACAGGUCAGGAAAUGCCCAGCGGGCCGACAUUCACGAACGUCUGUCCUCGCCCGUCCAGGAGGCACCGUCGGCCCUCCUCCAGCUGGCUCUAGCAAUGGGCUCCAGGUAGAAACACCUGCAGGCUGAGAAUGUCCCCACGAAGGGCCUUUUCAGAACACAGGCCUUCGGGGCGCCUGCCCGCUGUCACCAGGAGGCUUAGACCAGUGACCCUGACCCACCGCAGCCUGCAGCAGGCUCCACCGCGGUCCAGCGCAGAGAGUGUGGGGGUGGCACCAGUGUGACCUGACGUCAGGGCGAAGGCCACAGG